UCUAUUUCCUUUCCCGGCUGCAGCUGGCCUUUGCCUGGGGUUCCUUAAAAUAUCCCCCUUUCCUCAUUUUUCCCCAAUCUCAUCGCGGCGAUACCUUCUCUUCUUACAACUGCGACUUUGAAGAAGCUAAUUCUACUAUCGACACUCUUUUAGAUAUUCCCGUUUCUAUUGCUUAAUACGAGGAGGGCCGUACACGAUGCGCGACUUUCUCCUGGCCUCUGUGGCCACCGCAACGGUGCUCUUCGCCCGCCACGCUGAAGCUGUUGCUGCGAAUCCGCUUCCCAAACCCGCGAACAUUACCUGGGGCUCUUCUGGCGCUUUCUCCGUUGGCUCUCUUACUCUCAAUGCUCCCGACAACCAGAUUGUCCAGGAUGCAUUUGAACGCGCGACCAAGGCCAUCACCGACCUCAAGUGGAUCCCUGCUGCAACCGAAGCACCUCCGCAGAGCUUCGAACCCUUCCCGACCCCAACUGCUGCAGCGUCUAGGAGAGUGAGGAGACAGUAUGGAACCAAUGCGACUGGGACUCUCACCACUGUAAAUGUUGAUGUUGCGGAUACGCACGCGGCUCUCCAACACGGCGUCGAUGAAUCGUACACCAUGGAAAUCGCCGCUGGAUCUGACUCCGUCGAAAUCAAAGCUAAGACCGUCUACGGCGCCCUGCACGCUUUCACCACCCUCCAGCAAAUCGUCAUCAACGACGGCAGCGGCAAGAUGAUAGUCGAGCAGCCCGUCUCCAUCCAGGAUGUGCCCCUCUACCCGGUCCGCGGCAUCAUGAUUGACUCCGGCCGGAACUACCUCUCCAAGAAGAAAAUCUUCGAGCAAAUCGACGGCAUGGCCCUCUCCAAGCUCAACGUGCUCCACUGGCACAUGGUCGAUGCCCAGUCGUGGCCCGUGGAAAUCCAGGCUUACCCCCAGAUGACGGAUGACGCAUACUCCGACAACGAAGUCUACUCCACGGAAAGCAUGAAGGAAAUCAUCCAAUAUGCCGCUGCACGCGGUGUCCGCAUCCUGCCCGAAAUCGACAUGCCGGGCCACGCCUCCUCGGGCUGGAAAGAAGUCAACCGCGACAUGAUGUCCUGCAUCGACAGCUGGUGGUCCAACGACGUCUGGCCGCUGCACACCGCCGUCGAGCCCAACCCGGGCCAGCUCGACAUCCUCAACAACAAAACCUACGAAGUCACCGGCAAGGUCUACAAGGAGCUUGCCACCCUCUUCCCGGACAACUGGUUCCACAUCGGCGGCGACGAACUGCACAUGAACUGCUACAACUUCAGCAGCCUGGCGCGCGCCUUCUUCGCCGAGGGCCACUCCAUGGGCGACCUCUACCAGGUGUGGGUCGACCGCGCGCUGCCCAACUUCCGCAGCCAGGUCAACAAGACGUUCGUCAUGUGGGAGGACGUGCGCAUCAGCCCGGACGCCGCCGCGACGGGCGAGCUGCCCAAGGACGUCGUGCUCCAGGCGUGGAACAACGGCAUCGCGCAGAUCAAGAACCUGACGGGCCAGGGCUACCGCGUCAUCGUCUCAUCCUCCGACUUCAUGUACCUGGACUGCGGCUACGGCGGCUGGGUCAGCAAUGACCAGCGCUACAACGUCAUGGUGAACCCCAACGCCACGGACGGCUCGCCCAACUUCAACUGGCUCGGCUUCGGCGGCUCCUGGUGCGCGCCCUACAAGACCUGGCAGCGCAUCUACGACUACGACUUCACGCUCAACCUGACGGACACCGAGAAGGCGCUCGUGCAGGGCGCCAUCGCGCCCCUCUGGUCCGAGCAGGUCGACGACGUCGUCCUCUCCCCGAAGAUGUGGCCGCGCGCCGCCGCGCUCGCCGAGCUCGUCUGGUCCGGGAACCGCGAUGCGGAGGGCAACAAGCGCACGACCGAGAUGACGCAGCGCAUUCUUAACUUCCGCGAGUACCUCGUUGCGAACGGCGUUAUGGCGAGCCCGCUCAUGCCGAAGUACUGUCUCCAGCACCCGCACGCUUGCGACCUGAACUUGAACCAGACGGCGCUGUGGGGUCCUUCGGCGUAGGUAGCUGAUCGGCUUCUUUUCUUUUCGAGGCAUGUUUGAGGCGUUAUGAGUGGUUGGAAUGGUAUUUUCUAAUGAUGGUUUGAUAUUAGUGUGGGAGGGGCGGGGGAAAACGCGGUGCAACCGGCGACCCAUCGAUUUUCAUUUUUCUUUUCACUUCUUGUGCAUAUUUUAUACCCAUUCUAUAUCUUUUCUUUUGAUCUUUAUAGCAUUAGCAUUAGCAUUAGCACAUAUAUAUAUAUAUAUAUCAUCAUUAUCCUUAUUAUCCUCCCCCAUCCCAUCCUCAUCCCGUCCGACUAGUCUAUUCCCUUAGGCCCGCCUUCCAAACGACCCUCCACCAGCCUUCUAGCAAUUCCAACAGACGCCUAGAACAACGCGAAGAAGAAAAAAAGAAGAAAACCAC